UUUCUGGGGUUCGCGGGACGGAGGGGACUGCUCGCGGCCUUUCUGGGGGGCUCUUGGCGAGUGUUAGGAUCCCGAGUCUACUAGGACGGCCCGCCCGGAGCUGAGACGCUCCCGGCUGCCUCUUUCAAGCCGUGGCACGAGCCAGCGCUUCUCUCCGUACCUACCUUGUCAGCACUCUAUUCUCCUUUGGCAAGAAAAUUAAGAAGGAAGGGAUGGCUACGGACUUGCUGCCUGCUCAGGAGUCUGUGACAUUCAGAGAUGUGGCUGUGCUCUUCAGCCAGGAUGAAUGGUUGCAUCUGGACUCUGCCCAGAGAACCUUGUAUCGGGAGGUGAUGCUGGAGAAUUACAGCAGCCUGGUCUCACUCGCAGGAAUUCCAUUUUCAACACCGAAGGUGAUUUGCCAGUUGCAACAAGGAGAAGAUCCCUGCAUGGUGGAAAGAGAAGCUCCUCCAGACACAUGCCCAGAUUUCAAGACUUUGCCUGAGAUAGAAGAAUUGCCUGCUUCACAGGACGUUUUUAUUGAAGCAACAACUCAUGGAAUAAUAAAGAAAAAAUCCACUAAGUAUGUUCCCCGGGACAUCAACUUUGGAGAAACUGUGAAAUCUGAGAGGAGCAUAGUACAGGAGAAACCUCUUAGGCAAAUGGCAGCCUCCCCCAAAAAAACCAUCAGCGGAGGUAGAAACCCUACAAGUCUUGAACUAGAGAAAGGCUCAUUGAUAAACAAAAUUAUUGUUUCACAACAGAGUAUUCCCAUAGAAAGGAUACCCAAUAUGUAUUACACUUUUGGGAAAGAUUUUACACAAAAUUUUGAUUUAAUGAGAUGCUUCCAAAUCUACCCAGGAGCAAAACCUCAUGUCUGUAACGAAUGUGGGAAGAGCUUCACCCAGAGUCUUCAUCUUCUUGAACACCAGAGAAUUCAUACUGGGGAAAAACCCUACAAGUGUAAUGAGUGUGGGAAAGCCUUCAGCCACAGGUCUUCCCUUCUUACCCAUCAGAGAAUCCACACUGGAGAGAAGCCUUACAAAUGUAAUGAAUGUGAGAAAGCUUUUAGCAGCAGUUCAACUCUGAUCAAACAUCUGAGGGUGCACACUGGAGAGAAACCCUACCGAUGUAGGGAAUGUGGUAAAGCCUUUAGCCAGUGUUCAACCCUCACUGUGCACCAGAGAAUUCAUACUGGAGAGAAACUCUAUAAAUGCAGUGAAUGUGAGAAGGCCUUCAACUGUAGAGCCAAAUUGCAUAGACAUCAAAGAAUUCAUACAGGUGAGAAACCAUAUAAAUGCAGUGAGUGUGGGAAAGGUUACAGCCAGUUUGCCUCCCUAGCUGAACAUCAGAGACUCCAUACUGGAGAACAACUGUGUCAAUGUUUAGAAUGUGGGAGAACCUUCACACGCAUCUCCACCCUUAUUGAACAUCGACGGAUUCAUACUGGACAGAAACCCCAUCAGUGUAACGAGUGUGGGAAGACCUUCAACCAGUAUUCAUCCUUUAAUGAACAUCGGAAAAUUCAUACUGGGGAAAAACUUUAUACAUGUGAAGAAUGUGGGAAAGCCUUUGGUUGCAAAUCCAAUCUUUGUAGACACCAGAGAAUCCACACUGGAGAGAAACCCUACCAGUGUAAUCAGUGUGGAAAGGCAUUCAGCCAGUAUUCAUUCCUUACUGAACAUGAGAGAAUCCACACUGGAGAGAAACUCUAUAAGUGUAUGGAAUGUGGGAAAGCCUACAGUUACAGAUCAAACCUCUGUAGACACAAAAAAGUCCACAAUAAAGAAAGACUCUUUAAAUGGAAUAUGGAAAACCUUUUAUCUAUGGCUCCUCCCUUACUCAGUACCAGAGAUACUUGAGAUGAGAGAAGUCUAUGAACUUUAAUUCAUCUCUUUCAUAAUCCAGGACUUUUCACUGGACAAUAAUCAGGAGAAUAGUAAAUAAGGGGACCUAAUAGAUUUAAUCUUUUUACUUUUAUAGGAAAAAAGCUAGUUACACUAAGUCAUGGUAAAUAGACCAGUGAAAAUACGAAGAGCACUGACUUUUCAUUUUAUAAGAACCACUGGAUUCUAAGGUUUCCAAAAACUUUUCAUUUUUUUAAAUUUGUAGAAAAAUUAUAAAUGUCCUCACUUUUUAAAAAAGCAUAAAUAGUAGUUGAAUAAGUUUUCUUUCUCUGUCAUUAGAUCGUAAUCUCUAAGAGUAAGCUUUAGUUUAUGAAUUUCCUUUAAAAAAUAGUGAUUGAGUUAAUGUGAAUAAGCAUGGGGUCUCAUUUCUAAAAAUGUCAGGUUCAGGUUGCAGAUAGUGGCACAUACCUAUAAUCCCAAUGACUUGGGAGCAUGAGGCAGGAGGAUCACAAGUUCAAAGCCAGCCUCAGCAAUUUAACAAGACCCUAAGCAACUUAGUGAGAUCCUGUCUUAAAUGAAAAUAAAGGACUGGGGUUAUGCUCUGUGGUAGAACGCUUGCCUAGCUGCUUGCCUAGCAUGUGUGAGGCACUGGACUCAAUUCUCAGCACCACAUUAUUUAUUUAUAAAUAAAUUAAGUAAAAGGCCCAUAAACUAUAUAUAUAUAUAUAUAUAUAUAUAUAUAUAUGAAUGAAUAAAAAUAAAGAGUGCUGAGAUGGGUAGAGCUGGAUUGUGACUCAGUGGUAGAGCACUUGCUUAGCACACAUGAGGCACUGGGUUCAAUCCCCAGCACCAAAUACAAAAAACUAAAUAAACAAAGUUAUUGUGUCCAUCUACCACUAAAAAAUAUUAAAAAAAAAAAAAAGUGCUGGGAUGGGGAUGUGGCUCGGUUAAGUUCCCCUGAGUUCAAUCCCUGGUACCAUAAACAAAACAAAUGAAAAUGGCAAGUCAACAUCGGUAGCUUUCCUAUUAAUAAAAAGUUAUUAAAGAUAAAAAGGAAUUCUUUAAAUUUAACUUUUCAUGUGGAAAUGACAAAGCUCUUUUUGCCCCAUAGCAAGUUAUAUGUAUAUGUGUGUGUAUAUACACACACAUUUAUGUAUACACAUGUACAGUCAAAGUAAAAUUAGAUACACAUGUGUCACUUAACAGUGGUUAAGUUUUGAAAACAAUGUUUUUGUCUAACAAUGCAUUGUAUAGUUACACACAGCUUGAUGAUCUAGAUAAAUUUGAAUGCCCUCUUGAUGCAAUCAAGAAAUGCGGAAAAACACAAGAUAUAUGGAGCUGCUAUGGUGUAACAUAGCAUACUGUUUUGUAGUAUUUUUUAUGAGUAGAAGGUGUAUAAAAUUACAGGAAGUAUAGCAUGGUAAUAUGUAAGCCAGUAAUAGUUGUUUAUCGUUAUUAUCAAGUAUUAUGUACUGUAAUAAUUGUAUGUGCUAUACUUUUAUCUGACUGGUGGCACAGUAGGUUUGUUUGUACCAGCAUUACCACACAUGAAUAAUGUGUUGUGUUAAGAUAUUACAAUAACUGUGACCUCAUGGUAUAGCUGCAAUGGCACUGAGUGGUAGGAAUUUUUCAGUUUGAUUAGGAUUUUAUGAGACCACAAUUGUAUAUGUAUUUCAUCAUUAACCAAAACAUCAUUGUAUAGCACAUGACUGUAUAUACAUCCAUAUGUGUAUAUAUAUAUGCAUGUGUGUGUAUUCAUAUACAGAGUUUUGGAAAUUUUUAUUCGGAAGUCCUUAACAAUUGCAAAAUGCAGUCUUACUAAUUUAGAAUUUAGUUUUUAAAAUUAAAAAUUUGCCCAAAGGGCAAAAGUGCUUUCCUAUAUUCAUCUCAAAUUGGUAUGGUUCUAUGUGGCUGAAUAGAGGAGUCUUAUUAUAGUACCAUAGUUAAACUGAAGGAGGUGGAAAGACUGUCAUGCAAAUACUUUCUUUGUUGCAAAGAGUAAAAUAUUUGACAGAAUUUCUUACUAUACACUUGGUAGCAUGUAAGAGCCAAGAGACAUUUAGUUUAAUUUAAUUAUAGUCUUUCAUCUUUCUAAUGAAUUGGAGUUCAAUGGACAGAGUUAAGACAAAAAUUGAGAUCUUUAGCUCUUGUGUUCUGUGAUAAUUAUUAUAAAUUCAUUUCCAUCCUCUAGUCCUGAGAGCAUCUUUGUUUUAUAACCUGGUUAGAUGCGAUUGCAAUAAUUUAAUAAGUUAUCUUUUUAUCUUUGAGGGUUCCCCCUCACUAUAAUCUUAAUAUUUGACUUGCAAUCAUAGUCUUUUUUCUUAUGAACCUCUGAUUGUACUUACAUUUAUACUAACUAUUUAAAUACCCCAAUCCAGGGCUGGGGAUGUGGCUCAAGCGGUAGCACUCUCGCCUGGCAUGCGUGCGGCCCGGGUUCGAUCCUCAGCACCACAUACAAACGAAGAUGUUGUGUCCGCCGAUAACUAAAAAAUAAAUAUUAAAAUAAAUAAAUAAAUAAAUAAAUACCCCAAUCCAGCUAAUGUCCACAUGGUAUAGUUGUUUGGGGGUAUUUGUUAUAUAAGGUUGCCUUUUUAUUACAUAUUUUCUAGGAAUUCUUAUGUGUAAAGUUAUAUAUGAACAUUUUGUUACUAAACAUUCUAUUCAUUACUUAAACAUUUAAUUCCCCCAGGACUAUUUUCUUCAAUUCUACAUUUGACUUUCAUAGUUGGUAUUAUUUUAAAAAUUGUUUUAGUUCAAUUAGCUAGACUUUAUAUACUUCUUAAUUGACUUGUUUUAGUUCAUCAGAAAGUAUAAUUUUAUGUAUUUAAGUGUGCGUAUAUAUAUAUAUUAUAUGUACACACACACACACUUACAAGGAAAAUAAGACUUUUAAACAGACCUCAAUACUAAACAUUGUACCCAAUAUAGUAAAUAUACUUAGUACCCAAAUUUUGGUUUCUAAAUGCAUUCCCACUAAGAGAGUUCUUUGGAGAAAUGACCGAUUCCAUGUUUGGAGCAGGGAAAGUAUAAGGUAUGCCUGGGGUAUCAUUUUGUGAAAAAAAAUAAAUCUUAAAAAUAGCAUUGAGGAUUAAUGGUGGAAUAUCAAGAAGGACACAAGAGCCAACUUGAGGGUCCUCCCACUGUUCAAAUUUAGGAUAAUUUAAACAUCAAAAAGAUUAAUCAUUGAGGGGUGGGGUUGUGUGCAGUGGUAGAGCACUUGCCUAGCAUGUGUGAGGCACUGGGUUCGAUCCUCAGCACCCCAUAUAAAUAAAUAAAGAUCCAUUGACAAAUAAAUAUUUUUAAAAAAAGAUUAAUCAUUGAAAUUUGUUGUAAUGCACUAAGGGAAAAAAAAGCUCAUAUAGACAAAGCUCUUCAUAAAAUUAUUUGAAGAAUGCAAUUUUUCAAAAUACAUAGAAUGAUUUAGGAAAAUUAAGGAACAUUGUUUACAUGAUGUCAAAAACCACAAAUACCAAGUGCAAAAAAAAAGAAUAUUUGUUUUUAUAAUCAGAUGUAGUUAUUAAACUGUUUCACUACUUAUGUAAAAAGCUGACAUGUGGCUUCUGAUGAGAUAUAAAAUGAAGUAUAAUCUUCAAUAUACUUCACUAUACUUCAAUAAUCUACAAUAUACUACCAAAAUGUUUAAUGAAAAUUAAAUCUACUAUCUAGACUUAUCCUCCUGUUCACAAGAAAUAUAAGGAAUAGAGGAAUAAGUUUAAUUACAGAGUGAGAAAAUAGACGAAUCCAGUGUUGGGGACUUUGUACAAGACAACUGAUCUAAACUUUUCAAAAAGCCAAUAUAAUAAAAGGUGGACUCUUCUAGAAUAAGAAACCCAAGAGUCAUACAAAUGCAAAAUGUGAUCCUUUAUUGAUUUCUGACUCAGAAAAAAAUAAAACAGCUAUAAAAAGACAUUGGGGGAAUAUUUGAGGAAACGGGAGUAGAAUGGAUAUUAGAUAAUGUGGUAUGUUUCACUUUCUUAGGAAGUGAUGAUGGUAUUGAGGAUAUAUAGGAUAAUGCCCUUAUUCUUAGGAGAUGCAUGCAGAAGUUUUUUAGGUUUGAAAAGUCAUGAUGACUGCAGGAUAUUUUCAAAUAAAUAUGUAAAAACAUUAGCUGUUGUUGAAACUUUGUAUUGAAUAUAGGGAUAUUUAUUGGUCAUCCUUUAAACUUGUUUGUAUGUUUAAAUUUUUAAUAAAAAUUGAGGCAAAAAGUGA